AUGUUGAACCUCCAAGAGGCGGAGAGGGCAUCUCUUGUACGGAUGCUCAAUCUGUCAGUCGGAGAUAGUAGUGGAGGCCGAGUAACGGACCCAUUGUCGGAAGCUAGCACGCAGUGGAAGGUGUUAGUGUAUGAUAAAAGUGGAAAGGAUGUCAUCGCUCCCCUACUUAAAAUAGGAGCUCUCCGGCAUCACGGAGUUACUUUAUAUCUUCAGCUGGAUGAUAACAGACAGGCCGUAUCGAACGUGCCGGUGGUUUAUUUCAUUGAUCCAACGAGGGAUAAUAUCGAUCGUCUGGUCAAUGAUUGCUGCGUUACGAAGUUGUAUGACCAGGUUUAUGUUAAUUUCACUUCGAGAGUGUCCGACGAUCUGUUGAAGUAUAUGGCGGGGUCUAUGCUGGAGAAAUCAAAGGGGAAUCCUCGAAACAUCAAUCGGAUCGCGAAGGUGGUUGAUCGCUAUUGUGCUUUUGUCGCACUAUCGCCCUCGACGUUCUCUCUCAAUAUGCCAGGGGUGUAUAGCAAGUUGCACUCUAAGCGAGUGACUGACGAGGCUAUUGAGGAGUGUAUCGAUCGCAUUGUCAACGGUCUUCUAAGUAUGUUGGUGACGAUUCGUCAGAUACCCAUCAUCAGAGCUCCCCCCGAGUCUCAGUCAGGCCCCAGCACCAUGGUGGCCGAACGACUUCACUCACGCCUAAUGGAGAUGCUCCAGAGCGGCAACCAACAAGUCGGUUCUCGUGUGGAAAGGCCUGUGCUCAUCCUGCUGGACCGGGACAUGGACUUGGCAACGAUGCUCCAUCACACUUGGACAUACCAGGCCCUCGCGCAUGAUCUGUUCGAUCUAAACCUCAACACAGUGAAGAUUCCUAUUGAUGACGGAGAUGCUGGAAGCCAAAGCAGCGGGUCCCACGGAGGUAGUGGAAGUCACAAGACAUACGAUUUGGAUUCAUCUGACGCCUUCUUCGUGGACCACGCGAACAUGCCAUUUCCGGCGGUUGCGAGUGAUGUGAGUGCACAGUUACAAGAGUAUAACAAGAAACUACAGGAAGUGCGGUCCAAAGAAGGCGGUGCUGGGAAGCUGUCGUCGGCUAUCAAUGCCCUCCCUCAAAUGACCGAGAUGAAGCGCUCUCUGGACGAGCAUACGAACAUAGCUAGUGCUAUGCUGAAGGAGAUCCAACUGAGGGAAAUUAACAAAUAUUAUGAGGCGGAGUCGGGGUUCGGGUCGCAGGGGAGGACGACGGGACUGACGGCGUUGAUGGAGAGACUGAGCUCAGAGGCUAGGGGGACUCCUAUUGAUAAACUCCGUGCAGCGCUGGUGUUUGUAUUGCGGAAACCCACUUUAACAGUUGAGCAGACUGAUGCAAUAUGUGCUCGGUUGAAGGAAAUCGGCGCCGACUCAGCUGCAGUGGAGUUCAUUCGAAGCCUCCAGUCGAUGCGUCGGCUCACGUUGGACACGACUGCUAUUGUGGAAGACCAAGUGCAACAGAAAGAGCCACAACAGGCUUCCUUCGUUGGAACUGACGUUGCCAGUGGGUUCGCGACGUUCGCGAAUAAAUUUGCAAGUCAGAUGCAGCAGCAUGGCGAAGGUCUGCUCACUGGGUUAAAGAAUUUAAAGAAUCUUCUGCCGAUGCGAGAAGAUACAUUGAUAACGCGAAUAGUGUCCGAAUUGAUGGAACAGAGCGAAGACGGGAAGAGCAAGCUUGCUCAGGACUAUGAGUAUUUCGAUCCAAGGGCUAGCACUUUGGCGGGCGAAUCUCGUAGUCGACAUAUACCCCGUGUGAGAGGAUCAUUUCAUCAAGCCAUAGUGUUUAUGGUUGGUGGUGGGAACUAUAUCGAGCAGCAUACACUGUCGGAGUGGGCCAGCUCGAGUCGAUCUCGAGACGUCACUGGUCAGGCAAAAUCUGUGAUCUACGGCGCUACCGAUUUCGUGUCCCCAUCGGCCUUCUGCAAAGAGUUGGAGACACUGGGUAUGGAGAAAUGA